AGUCUUCUGUUUUACAGCCCAUUUCAGAAAGACACUCAGUGCGUUUAAUGUCAUAUGGGCCUAGAGUUUUAGGGUAAGUUUGCAUCCUUUCAGUGCUCAUAACACAAAAAAGUACUCUCCAGAAUUACUUUAGAUGUCAUGUUGAAUAAAUGUCCAAGGGGUGUUUGUGCAGAGACAUAAUUAGCUUCUGAUAGAGUGUCACAUUACAUAUUGAUAAAUGUAGUUGAAAUGAUUUAGCCACUUAGCAUAGUGCAUCGAGACAGUGGAAGAUAGAAUGAUUGUCAGUAAACAACAUUUUGUACCACGUGUAUGUAUUCAUUAUUUAGAGCACUCAUUGUGAUUUAAGCGUUGUCAUUCUGAUUGUUUUGGUGUAAGUACUGUCGCCUCGUGGUGAGAAAACCUGAGUUCCUCCCAUGAAUAGUUUUGUCUGUCUGUGUAAGUUUGCGUUUUCUUACACUAUUGUGUGUUUUCGUCGGGUGCGUCAACUCCCUCCCCUGUUCCAAAGACAAGUCAGGAGGAUGGCAAGCUUUUAAUUGCCUGAAGGUCUGAAUGUGUGCUUUUCUUUUUCUAGUCCCAUGAUUGACUGGUGACUUUUGUCAAAAGUGUCUCCUUGCUGUCCACUAAUAUGGUGGUAUUCACAGCAUCGGUGGUCAGUGAUGCAAAUAAGUAAACUGUAGUGUGAAAUACAAGUUGGUCUAUUCUUAUAUGGAUGAUUUACAUUGGAGGGAAUUAAGUCAGUGAUCCAUGUGGCCCAUUUGACAGCGAUCAUGUGAUUCCAGUCUGGUCUAGGAUUGGCAUGUGGCUGCUGUCACAUGUCAGUCAGGUGGAGAGUCACAUGAUGGAGAGAUACAAAUACUGAUUCUUGGAACUAACAAGCUCAUUUUCUAGACUUGUUUUUAAAAUUGAAUCAGGCACAUUCUGAUGCAUAAGUGUAUUGUGUGGGAUGGUGAGAGCAGUGCAGUACUGAGUUUGGGAAUAUAGUGUCAGAUACUUGGCUCAGCUGAACUGAAGCAGUAGAUAUGAUAAACAAAUCUGCAAGUCAGGUGACGUAUCGAGUUGUUCAGGUGACUGACCAGCACCUCGAGGGAAGAGAUGAUGGGGGUGGAGCAGUGAGCGUUGUGUCAACAGCUGCCUUCACUGGGGCUCCUCAGGCCGUUGCUCAGGCUGUGAUCCAAAACCCUUUCAGUAAUGGAGGAAGCCCAGCAGGAGAGGCGGUGGGAGGGGAGACGCGCUUCGCUUACUUCCCCGCAACUGCGGUGAGCGAUGGGACUGUGUCUGUGCAGGCCGCCACGGACCCCACACUCACACAGGCAGGGGCCACAGGUCAGUUUUACGUGAUGAUGACCCCACCUGACGUCAUUCAGACAGGCACGCAACGAACCAUCGCCCCGCGCACACAGCCCUUCCCUGCAGAUGAAAACGAGCUGCUGCAACAUGAAGGUUUAAACUGGAAAAUGGAUGGACCGCGAACACCAAGAGAUGAAAGGAGAAGAGCGCAACAUAAUGAAGUUGAGAGGCGGCGAAGAGACAAGAUCAACAACUGGAUUGUCACCCUUUCCAAGAUCAUCCCAGACUGCAGUAUGGACAGCACCAAGACCGGAGCGAGCAAAGGUGGCAUCCUGUCCAAAGCUUGUGACUACAUCCGUGAGCUGAGGCAAAGCAACCAGCGACUGCAGGAGAGUCUGAAGGAAGUGGAGAGGAUACAAGUGGACAAUGAGUUGUGCAGGCAGCAGAUUGAAGAGCUGAAGAAUGAGAAUGCUUUGCUCCGAGCGCAACUCCAGCAGCACGGCAUCGAGAUGGUUGGGGAGACGCCACCGCAGUGAAUGAGAGACGAAAAGAGCAGGGACGAGCACCACCACUCAAGACACACAACUGACAUGGCGGAAGAGGCGGCGAGAUGAUGAUGAUAAUGAUGAUGAUGAGGAAAACAAGGACUUGUGAAGAAUCACUUUCUUUUUUUAGUGAAUGCAUCCUUCCCUGGAUUCCCAGGUCGCGAACCCUUCACUGGCCAAUCGUGGCUGUACUUGACUGUUCCAAUCAUAUUGAGAUAACCACCCCGUUACAACUCAGUAGAAACGUGCUCCAAGAAAAGAUGCCCACUCACCACCAUCAGAGUGCUUCACUAGCACUAGCUAUGAAAGACAACCUCUGCUGAACUCCUCCCUUGUUUUGUAUUUAUGUAGCCUCACUCAUGGACUAUGAAGUUUGUCAUUUAACUUUGUUUCCUGUCAGUGUACCCCCCACCCCCACCCCCACCCCCACCCCCUCCAAUUAUUAAUUUUGACUUAGUCUAUGCUUUUAUUCUGUUUGUGUUUUUGAGUUGUGUAUUAAUAUGUUGUUUUUAGCUGCUUUAAUUUAUUAGUCCGCUUGCUGACAGAAGCCUUGAUGGAGACCAGUUACACUGAAGCUCUUGCACCCCAGAGAAGCAGUUUGAAUUUUAAGUGAAAAGAAACAUCAAAGUAUGCAAAACAUUAUGAUUCCACAGACAGAAAUAAUGCGACACACAUCGCCUAUCUAGACCCAAAGAUGAACAAGGAGCUGUGCUGGCCUUUGCUUUUGGGCUGAUUUAUGUAAAUAUCACUUUUCAUUUUUUAAUACAGAUGUUACAGAAUGCUAGAGCAGAUUAUGUCUGGGAGUAAACAAUCAAUAACUCAUUAACUUCA